CCUGUUUUAUGGAGGCCCUGGAUGCCCACAGCCAGGGAUGGUGAAAUGACAGAGAAUCAACUAAUGUCACAACCAGAUGGUCAGCUAACAAAUUUUAGAUCAAAAGGAGCCCUGGGGUUUCAACAUCCAGUGAGACUUUAUUUGCCCAAAUCCAAAUGCCAAAAGUUUCUUAACAACAUUGGAGAGAAGGUUCUGGCUAACUUUCCAGUACAAGCAACAAUUCACUUCUACAAUGAUGACACUGACUCUGAAGAAGAUGAGGAAGAAACCAGUUCAGCCUAGUUGCUAGCCUUUCCAAAUACAUAAUUAAAAAAUUAAGAAAGGAACUAAGAGGAACUGUCAAGAAUGUCUGAGCAAACAUCUGACUGACAAAGAAGCACAUCAAAGCUCAUAUGAAGACUAUUUAUAGCUAACUAACCAAGAAGAAUGAGUCAAUGCAACUGGAAACAGAGGAAAUCCUUUUUGUGUUUAAAAGACUUUUAAAUAAAACCUUGAAACUUUACUUAAAGAUCAUAAUGUUUUCAAUUGUGUUGGUUUAAACAACAGUUGGAUUAAGAACAUGAAGAACAUGGCAUUUAGUUACUUUCUUUUACAUGCAGCAUGAAAAUAAACUGGUUAUGGGGCAAAAUAAUGUAAUACAAAAUCCCAAAAUAAACCAAAGGCUUUGAACCACGAUGUUUCUAAGAAUUUAAGUGAGAAAUGAUUUCAAAUGCAAAGAAUAUUUUAUAUUAUUUCUGCGGAGCACAUUUAUUCUGAUUUGAACACUGUAUGUCAGACUAACCUAAUUCAUUUCAACUUCCCUGUCAGGACAAGUUAAGUAUGACAGUCUUGUGAUGUCUUCUGUUUUUCUCAGACUUUCCCAGUCUGAUCAGAGAAGUGUCUUUCUGUCAGUCAGAAAAGUCAAUAAAUGGCACA